CACCGGGCGGCGGGGAAGGGGGGGGGGGGGUUGCGGCGGCGGCGGCGGCGGGGGGAUGAGCGCGUCCCCCAUGGAGCUGCUGAAGAAAUGGCUGGGCCACCCCGAGGACAUCUACAACCUGCUGCGGUUCAAGAUGGGCGGCUACCGGGCCGUCAUGCCGCGGAUCGACCCGGAUUCGCUGGGACGCGGUCUCCGUACCUGCUACCGCUACCUCAACCAGACCAGCCGCAGCUUCGCCGCCGUUAUCCAGGCCCUGGACGGAGAGCUGCGACAUGCCGUCUGUAUAUUCUACCUAGUUCUUCGUGCCCUGGACACUAUAGAGGAUGACAUGACCAUCAGCUUAGAUGUAAAGGUUCCGAUGCUGCACGAGUUUCACUCUUAUCUCUAUCAACCAGAGUGGAAAUACAUGGAGAGCAAGGAGAAGGACCGGCAGGUGCUCGAGGACUUCCCAACGAUCUCCAUGGAGUUCAGGAAGCUGUCAAAGGUCUACCAGGAUGUGAUUUCGGAUAUUUGCCACAAGAUGGGUGUCGGGAUGGCGGAGUUCUUGGAGAAGAAGGUGGACUCUCAGCACGAGUGGGAUAAGUAUUGUCACUACGUUGCUGGGCUGGUGGGCAUAGGACUUUCCCGUCUCUUCUCUGCAUCAGAGCUAGAAGACCCUAUCGUCGGGCAGGACACGGAGCUGGCCAACUCCAUGGGCCUCUUCCUGCAGAAAACGAACAUCAUCCGCGACUAUCUGGAGGACCAGCUGGAGGGAAGGGAGUUCUGGCCCAGAGAGGUUUGGAGCAGAUACGCAAAGAAGCUGUCGGAUCUUGCCAAACCAGAAAACAUUGAUAUGGCUGUCCAGUGUCUGAAUGAGCUCAUCACCAACGCCCUCCACCAUGUCCCUGAUGUCCUCACAUACUUAUCCCGCCUGAAAAACCAAAGUGUCUUCAACUUCUGCGCUAUCCCCCAGGUGAUGGCUAUUGCCACGUUGGCUGCCUGCUAUAACAACAAGCAGGUGUUCAGGGGCGUCGUGAAGAUCCGGAAGGGACAAGCUGUCACUCUAAUGAUGGAUGCCACAAACAUACAAGCUGUCAAAGCCAUCAUGUACCAGUAUGUGGAAGAGAUCUACCAGAAGAUCCCAAGCACGGACCCAUCAUCCAACAAGACGCAGCAGGUCAUCGCCUCCAUCCGCACCAUGAGCUUGCCCGGCGGCCCCAUGGCAUCGCGCCACCACUAUUCCCCCAUCUACCUGUCGUGUGCCAUGCUCCUGGCCGCCCUGAGCUGGCAGUACCUGAGCACCAUCUCCAAGGCCACCGAGGAGUACCCUCUUCCCCAUCGCCUCUAGUGCCUGCUCCGCACUGGAAGGAUGCUGCUUCAGCCGGGAGAGGAACAUGCUUCCUUAUCCAGGGAAAAAGCUCUGGCCACCUUCUGGCCCUCAACCCAGGCUGGUGUUGACAUCCUGCAGCCUGGAAACAGGGAGAGGCAAUCUUCACAUUUCUGUUGCUGGGCUGAAGGAAGCUGCUAGGCUUGAAACGAGCCCUUUUCGUGUUAAAUAACAGAGGUGGGAUGCUCUGUCCACUUUAAUGUGCCCCUAGCUGAAAGCCAUCUAUUGCAGCUCCCUGCCCUCUGGCAGACGGCACCCUGCACUUGCAAAGCUUCGUGUUUUAGCAGCUGUGGGGGUGGUUCAAAGGAGAAGGGAGCUGCUUGAGUGGCCCUGAGCUAAUA